GUCCCACUUCCUGUUUUGAUUAAGUUUGAUGGCGGCGCCCUUCUAAAGCAUGUGCAUAGAGCAUGUGUAAAGUGGUAAAUGCUCUGUUAUAUUACAGAAGUAUAGGAAGAAAACAAAUCUUAUACAUUUGUUGCCUCCUCAUUUUAGGCAACUUAGAAAUUUACCUCUCGAAGAAAAAAAUAUAGCCUAGCUAACGUCGGCUACCUAGCGUAGCUUAGUUCAACUAAUUAGCCAGUUUGCUUUUAUACAGCUAUGCCGUUAUAGCUGUUCAGCAAAUGACAGAAUUAACCAGUGUUUUAUUGAAAAUCGUGCAGAUACAUUUAACGUAGAAAUGAAGGGGAAAACGCGAGGUAAAUGGAGAAGAAAAGGUGACACCGGUAAGCUGCAGAAGUACAUGAUCUCCGUUGAUGAAUUUGUUCAAAGUAAAGUUGGUGGUGGUGAUGAAACUGAAGAGGAUGGCAACAGGCUCAUCAAAAAUAAGAGUCGAAAAGAGUUGCGCAAAGAAAAACGAAAAUUAAAGAAGAUUAAAAAGAAACAUUAUUAUGAAGGAAACAAACAUCAAUUCGAAGGAAACAGCUCAGCUUCUAAAGAUGAUGACAAUGAAACGACAACCACUGAUAAAAAAGAUAAAAACAACUCGGCGAAACGUGAUUCCAAAAAACCUCAUAAAGCAACCAUCAAUGAAAGUGAAAUGAAGAAUUCAAAGCAAAUGGAGGGGCAGACUUCCAAAGCAAAAAAACAACCGAAAGAGACUGCGUCGAAGCAGGGUGCGAAAAAGAGUAAAUUACAAGAAAACAGAAAACAGGCACUUCUGGAAGCAAACGUUGCGGAGGACAAGGAAAUAAAGAAAUUAGAGCGAUAUCUUGGCCUUAACAAGAGGAAAAACAAAAAGACUCUCCCGCAGUCGUUUGCUGCGGACGGACUGGAUUACAUCCUGGGAGCACUCGAGCCUGGAUUGUCCGCAACUGGAAUGUAUGACAGUGACGAGGAAAUGGAGGUGACAGACGCCAAGGAUAAAUUAAAGAAACUGGAAGACAGCGACUCUGAAUUGUCAGGCGACGCUAAUGAGCAGGAUGACAGCGCCAAUGACGUUGAUGACGAUAUUGACAGCGACAACGAUUCGGAUGAAAUGGAUGUUAUUACAGAUGAGGAAGAUGAUGCAGAAGAUGCCGGUGCAGGGAAUGACAGUGCUGAAGCUUCUGAAUGCGAGGACGAAGAACAUGACAAGGGUGAACCAGAGGAAGACAUUAGGGAAGUGGCCGACGAGAAAGAGGAUAAUGCAAGUCAAACGACUUCAGUUGCACCAGGAAAGUAUGUACCUCCUCACCUGCGCGAGGCAGCGGAUGGCAAGCGACGAGCUGAGCUGGAGAGACUCAAGAGGAGCAUAAAAGGACUUGUGAAUAGGCUCAGCGAACCCAAUCUAGCUUCCAUUAGUGGUCAGCUGGAGGAGCUGUACAUGACCCACAGCAGAAAGGACAUGAAUGACACUCUGACGGAGGUGCUGCUGGCUGCCUGCGUCACCCCGGCUCUGAUGCCUGAUCGGCUGUUGAUGGAGCACGUGAUGCUGGUCAGCGUUUUACACCACACCGUGGGGCUGGAGGUAGGAGCACACUUUUUGGAAACGGUGGUUCGGCGCUUUGAGGAAGCGUACCAGUCCGCCGGCGAGGGGAAGGAGUGCGACAACCUGGUGGCCAUCGUGGCUCACCUGUACAACUUCCAGGUGGUGCACUCCCUGCUGAUAUUCGACAUCCUGAAGAAGCUGGCCGGCUCUUUCGCGGAAAAGGACAUCGAGCUCAUCCUGUUCGUGCUGAAGAACGUGGGCUUUGCCCUGCGGAAGGACGACGCCAUGGCCCUGAAGGAGCUCAUCUCUGACGCCCAGCGCAAGGCUGGCAGCCUGGGAGACAAGUUCCAGGAUCAAACCCGAGUGCGCUUCAUGCUGGAGACGAUGCUGGCUCUGAAGAACAAUGACAUGAGGAAGAUCCCGGGGUACGAUCCUGAGCUUGUGGAGAGACUGCGCAAGCUGCAGAGGAGUAUGGUCAGCCAGAGCUCGAGUGGCAGCGACGUCAAGCUGCGCGUCUCGCUCCAGAACCUUCUAGCGGCAGACCAGGUCGGUCGCUGGUGGAUCGUGGGGUCCUCCUGGAGCGGGGCCCCCAUGAUUGGUGACCAUGGUAACAAACAACAGCAGAGUUCAGCCGGAGGACAGUUCAGUGCCAGGGUUAUGGAGCUCGCCCGAAAGCAGAGGAUGAACACGGAUGUCAGAAGAAACAUUUUCUGCGUGCUCAUGACCUGUGAGGACUACCUGGAUGCCUUUGAGAAACUCUUGAGGCUGGGCCUGAAGGACCAGCAGGAGAGGGAGAUCGUGCACGUGAUCCUGGACUGCUGCCUGCAGGAGAAGAGCUUCAACGCCUUCUACGCCGUGCUGGGCGAGAAGUUCUGCUCCCACGACCGGCGCUUCCAGAUGACCUUUCAGUUCAGCCUGUGGGACAAGUUCAAGGAGCUCUCCAGCCUGUCCAGUGGCCCCUUCAGCAACCUGGUGCAGCUGGUCGUCCACUUCCUCCAGAAGAAGUCUCUGUCCCUCUCCAUCCUCAAGGUUAUAGAGUUUGGGGAGCUGGACAAGCCUAAAGUUCGGUUCUUACGUCAGGUGUUGACUAAACUUCUCAAUGGUACCGAUCCUGGAGAACUUGAAAGCAUAUUUGGGAGGAUCUCUGGACUCCCGAAGCUGGGAAUGCUGCGGGAAGGCCUGAAGCUGUUCAUCAGUCACUUCCUGCUGAAGAACACGCAGGCGCCGGGGGCGGCUGAGCAGGCGCGCCUUCUGACAGUCCGAGCCGAGGUCGCCACCAAGGCCAUGGAGGCCAAGGAUGCCAGGCUCAAACUGUGAUCGGCAGUCUGGGAGAAAGAGUCCCGAGAGCUUUCUGUGCCAGGGAAAACCGCAGGUCCGGAGCGCAUCAGACGCUCCGCAUCGCUUUGGAUUGGUUUCCUUCUGCCCUCGCGCUCGAUGCUUGGAAUCACACAACUGUAAGAUUUUCGCAGGGAAGAACAGCCACCCACAAGUAUUCCUCCUCAGACGGGGCUAGAUGUAUGUCAGCAAAGUACUCCAGUGAGAAUCUACUGUCAGCCAAAGCUGACAACAAGAGCAUUGUGUAGAUCUUACACUCAUCAAGUACAGGAUUGGCUACAGUCGGCAGUUACAGCUAUAGUAUAUCAAUCCAAAAGAAAGUGGAUCUUUUUUUGAAAGAACAUGCAUUUAUCCAUAACCGAAUAGAUUAGAUUCUUAAAGGUGGAUUGUGGGCUGAUCCAAAUAUAUGGACUCAUGAGCAUCAGUCACUGGUUACUAUCACUGUUUCCUUAACACACAAUAUAUAAAUUAUUAUAGGAAUUCAUUAAUAACAAGUACUGUCUGUUUUUGCUUGAUAGUAUUUUUAUGAUUGUAUUACAAGUGAUUUCUGCAGAGUACAUCAUGGUGUGUCGUUUUGUGCAAACCAAACUGUUGUUUUUAACAGUACAGAACACAGUGUAGAUAUGUUUUUACACAUUGAAAUCUGAGGCCGGCAUACAGAAUACGAUUCACUUCUCCCCCAAAUGCUUGUUUCUUUUAUGCUGUUUUCUGAUCUUUCUUUUUCAUUCUUAAGAAUGUUGGGAGGAAAAACUACAUUAAAAGGAAAAUGUAAAACCGCAA